AUGUCCAAAUCAUCGCGCGCAUCCAUUAUUCCUCCACCAAGGACAAAGCAGAGCUGGGAUAGUGUUGUACGCACUGGGAUUGCUGGGGGAACUGCGGGGUGCAUCGCCAAGACCGUUGUUGCUCCGCUCGAUAGAGUGAAGAUACUCUUCCAGACAUCGAAUCCCAACUUCCAGAAGUACUCUGGAUCAUGGACUGGAGCGUUCCGAGCAAUUCGGGAUAUCAACCAGUCGAAUGGCCUGGCUGGACUAUUCCAAGGACAUUCGGCGACAUUAUUACGAGUCUUUCCAUACGCGGCCAUAAAGUUUUUGGCCUAUGACCAGGUUCAUUACGCUCUAAUGCCUACCAGGGCCGACGAAACCAAUUUCAAGAGGUUCUUUGCAGGUGCUUUCUCUGGAACGCUUUCGGUCUUAUUUACAUACCCACUUGAACUUGUCCGAGUCCGCAUGGCAUACCAAACACAGGCAUCCUCUAGACACGCAUUUGUAGACGCCGUCAGAGCAAUAUACACGGAAGGAAACGUUCACCCUUCUCCCUCAGUAGUCCACACAUCAGUUCACACCUCAGGCAACGUAUCCUCUCCGACAGCCAUGGCAACAAUGACCAAAUCAUCACCGCUAUUCACCACUUUCCCUAUCUCCAAAUUCUACCGUGGCUUUUCAGUAACGUUAAUAGGCAUGGUCCCAUAUGCCGGUACAUCAUUUCUAGUGUGGGGUGCGCUACGAGCCGCCCUGUUACCUCCUCCCUCAUCUGGUAUUUCUGGUCCACCCAGACAUCGUCCGAUAGCGGACCUUAGCAUAGGUGCAGUUAGUGGAGCCAUCGCUCAAACAGUAUCAUAUCCAUUCGAAGUCGUCCGACGCCGAUUACAAGUGGGUGGACUUCUACGUCCCCGUGGGUUCGUAGGAUGGGGCGAAACCGUUCGUGCCAUAUGGCUCAAACAGGGGUGGAGGGGAUUCUAUGUUGGAUUAAGUAUCGGUGAACGAUACCCAUUGACUUCUCAACUCAUCGAGGAGAACAAAAUUCCGGAAUUCGAUAAUUUAUAUGUUGACUUUAACGGAAUUAUCCACAACUGCUCCCAUCCAAACGAUGGCGAUGUGCACUUCCGUCUAUCCGAGGACCAAAUCUUCACGGCCAUAUUCUCCUAUGUCGAUCACUUGUUCGGCAAGAUCAAACCCCGUAAACUGUUUUUCAUGGCCAUCGACGGCGUGGCGCCACGUGCCAAAAUGAACCAGCAGCGAGCACGACGGUUUAGGACGGCAAAAGACGCCAAGGAGGCCCGUGAAAAGGCUGAGAAGAAGGGGGAGAAGUUGCCCGAGGAAAAAGCUUUUGACAGCAACUGUAUCACGCCUGGUACGGUAUUCAUGAAGAAGCUGUCUGAACAACUGAAGUACUUUGUGAACAAGAAGAUAUCCGAGGACGCGAAUUGGAGAGAGGUUCAGGUCGUCUUGUCGGGUCAUGAAGUUCCUGGAGAGGGCGAACACAAGAUUAUGGACCUGGAAACUCAGUCCUUUUACCUCCUUCAUAUUUCCCUGCUCCGAGAAUACCUCGACCUUGAAUUCCAGAGCUUAACCUCCACCUUACCCUUCCAAUACGACCUUGAACGAAUUAUCGACGACUUUGUGCUCAUCGCUGUCUUUAUUGGCAACGACUUUCUUCCUCAUCUGCCCGACUUGCACAUCCACGAGAACGCCCUCGAACGACUGUUUGAGAUUUACAAAGCUGUAUUACCCAAUGCGGGGGGAUACUUGAACGAAAGCGGAGAAAUUCAUCGAGGGCGACUACAGUUGAUAUUGGACGAGCUUGCGACUUGGGAAGUCGAUGUGUUUGAAAAAGAGACUAGCGAUUCCCAGUGGUACAAGGGAAAGCAAAGAAAACAUCAACAACAGGCUGCAGAAAAGUCCAAGUCCAAGCCUUUGACUCUUACACCAUCUCAAAAGGACCUUGCAAUGAAAAUCCAAGAUCUCGUUCAUCAGGGACAUCAAGAUCCUUCGGUUCGCCAGCUCCAACUGCCCAAUACUCUCCCAGCCGGUGACCGCGCAUUCCUCAAUGGCCUCUGCCAAGAACUUCACCUCUCCGUCUGGUGGGACGAAUUCGACGAGGAAGGUCAGAAUCUCGUAACUAUCGCGCUUCCCGAGCAGGACGAGGACGACGAAGAGGCCGAUGAAGAAGGGUAUCAAGCCAGUAUGCGUGUGUUUAAGAAGUAUGUUACCGCGCAGGUCUUGCAUCCCGAAGGGUUCGACGAGAGAGAAGACGAUAGGCUGAAGGCUGCUUUGAAAAAGUGGAAGGAAGAUUACUACAAGGAAAAACUUGAAUUCAAAGAUAUUGAAAAGGGAGUUGACCAAUUGGUGUACCGGUACAUUGAGGGUCUACAGUGGGUCAUGUACUACUAUUAUCGUGGAGUUGCGAGUUGGGGGUGGUUUUACGACUAUCAUUAUGCACCAAGGAUUUCCGACAUCAAGAACAUCGAGUUAUUCGAGUUUAACUAUGAACUCGGGAAACCGUUCAAGCCAUUUGAACAGCUUAUGGGUGUGUUACCAUACGCGAGUCAUGAAUUGAUCCCCGAAGCCUACAGGGAACUCAUGCACUCGGAGCACUCACCAAUUCUCGACUUUUAUCCUGAGAACUUCGAUCUCGAUAUGAAUGGGAAGAAGCAAGAGUGGGAAGCGGUGGUCAAGGUUCCAUUCAUUGAUCAGAAGAGGCUGCUUUCGAGCAUGGCUACUCUCGAACAUCGUCUUACGGAGGAAGAAAAACGACGCAAUACCUGGGGAAUGAGCAUUAAGUUCUCGUGGACAAAAGAUGUCAAAGAGUACCCCUCUCCGUCACCCGGGUUCCUUCCCAUCCUGCCACGCUGCCAAUGCCGCAUGGAUGAAUUCGUUCUUCCUACGCUUGAAGGCGGGUUGGACUUGGUCAAGGGCCUUCGUGAUGGCGUGUUCCUGGGGGUAGACGCACUCGCUGGGUUCCCGUCACUCCAGACACUCCCUCAUAGCUCAGUCAUUCAACACCACAGCGUCAAUGUCUUCAACUCAGAUUCGAAGAAUCGCUCGGUGGUCAUUCGUGUCACCAACACAUUCAUGGGCGCCAAAGCUGGCCCGAUCGCAGAAAAAAUGAUUGGAAAACGAACUUUUAUCGGGUGGCCUUUCUUGACAGAAGCUCAAGUCGUCGCCGUCUCGGACGAUUUAUUCAAGUAUGAGAGGCAGACCAUCGGCCGUGUAGCCAAAGUUGUACCGACUCCGCAUCACGGAGAGGCGCUGAGUCGAUGGAAGAGGACUGCUGAGAAGAUCGGAGCUACGUAUUCAAAGAGGUUUGCCGUAGAGAUUGGGGAUGUAGAUAUUCUGCUGCAUGUUCGACCUUUGAAGGGGCUCAAGCGCAUGGAUGAUGGCUCGUUGGUCAAAGAUUAUGCAGGACCCGAAGCCGAGACGGAGCAAGCGGUUCAGAUGAGCUUGAUGGAAGUUCGGUCUGAGGAUCCCCGGUAUAUCGAACAACCUGCUGCCCCGCUGGAGCAGGAAUAUCCUAUUGGGACCAAUGUGUUUUUCCUUGGCGAGCAUACAUACGGAACUCCAGCUCUAAUCAAGGCCGUAGCUGACCAAAAAGCAUCGUUAAUGAUUGUCUAUAACCCUGAAGAACGCGUCGAGAUUGACAAGCUCCGGGCACUGGCCAAGGAAAAUAUCGCAGGAUCCUACCUCUCAGCCCGACAAAUCUCUUCAGCGCUUCGUAUUUCAGGUCUCGCUCUUUCGAGGGUUACAUCCAGCGUGAUGGUUACCACCAACGGAAACUCAAAGGUCAAUUUGGGACUGAGCUUGAAGUUUGAGGGGAAGAGUAUGAAGGUUCUUGGCUACUCGCGCAAGUCGGAUCAUGGGUGGGAGUUUAGUGAGAAGGCUGUUCAGCUUAUUCAGGAUUACAAGGUACGUUUUGGACGAGCGAUGUAUAGGCUGCUAGACGCUAAGGAUAUUACUCGGGCUUCGGACUUGUUCCCCAAUGGAGAUGCAGAAAACCAAGCCAAGGCUGCGAAAGAGUGGCUUGCCUCAAAGGGUGUAAGGGAUCUCGAACCUGUCUCGUUGUUUUCCGAGCAGCUAGAAAAGCAAAAUAUUGCCAACAUUGAAAAAUACGAGACGGAGCUAAACACCAAACGUUCCUCGGAGCCGUCUUCAAUGAAGCGAGUCAUGGUACAGGGUGUGCCACGCCAAGCCCUGCUGAAACCGGACCAUGCAGUCCACAGGCUCCAGAACCAGAAGUUCUCGCUUGGCGAUCGGGUAGUGAUGGUACAGAAUACGGGAGGUGUACCACUGGCUGCCAAGGGUGUUGUGGUUGGGCUUUUGCCGACGUUCUUGGAUGUGGUUUGGGAUGUACCUUUCAUCAAUGGAACGACGCUCAACGGAAGGUGCACGGAAUACCGAGGGUCAAGUGUAACGUUUAACUCGGUACUAAACCUGACAGAGCCUCAAUUUGUGCAAUCCACGAGCAAAAAUCGCGCACCCGAACCUACCUCUCCUACCUCUCGAUACGCACCUCGCAUUGGACCACAACCGGCCGUCCCAUCCCGCGGAGGGGGCUCAUUUAGAUCGGCGUCCCAACCCAGUCAGACUCCCGUUCGAAUCAUGUCCAAUCCUGCACGCGGGAGGGGCUGGAACGGAAGACAAACGGAUGACAGGAGUGCCGCGCGGGUUUUGGCCGAGCCAGCGCCGACGACGGAAGAGCUGCAUCAGAGGGGUAUGAGGGAUGCGUUCCACAUUCGUGCUGGCCCAGGUGUGAGUGCAAGGGGACGAGGUGGGCUUGGGUAUCACCCCCCACCGGCCAUGCCGGCACAAAAUAACUCGGCCCCGGUGCACAACCACCCAGCUCCGGCGCAUCCACCGAGGAUUUUGGCGAGGGGAAGGGGAGGGCCUCCGCAUGGUGGGCCGAGUGUGAAUGGGCACGGACAUGGCCCAACGGUCAACGGGCACGGACAAGAACAAGGAUCGCGCGGCCGAGGAGGGCCAUCGAGGGGGCGAGGAAGGGGGAGGGGAGGCCGUGGGGUAGCGCCGGCAGUGCAAUCCUGA